GUCCGUGGAUCCUCCGGCGGAUGAAAUGUUCUUCAGAGGUGGAAAGAUUCAUAAGUGACGAUCAUCUGCUGCCGAGUUUCCACCACAUCUUCCUCUGCUGUGAAGGAGAGACGGAAGGAAGAGGAUCCUGCUGCAGAUGGAGACCCGGAGAGCAGGUGUCCAGCAGCUGCUGGUGAUGAAAGAAGAAGAAGAUGCUACUGAGCAGCAGGAGUGCAGCUCCAGUCUGGAUCAGGAGGGACAAGAACCUCCUCUCAUUAAAGAAGAACCAGAAGAAGAAGAUCUAGACAACCAGAUCCUUGUCAUUCCUGUCGAGGUGAAGAGUGAAGAUGAUGGAGCAACCAGCAGCUGGACUCAACACAUGAAGACAGAAGCUGAUGGAGACACCUGUGGAGGAGCAGAAGCAGCCAGUGACUUGGAUACACCUCUCCUCCCUGAGCACCAGAGGUCGCCUUGUUCUGACACUGUUGACAGUGAGGCUUGGAGAGAACCCAUUGACCCUGAAUCUGCUUCAAAUUCAAUGGAGGAUCCAUAUGUUCAUGUCAGUGGGAAGAAAGACGAUGAUCUCAACACACUGAUCUGCUCUGGGUGUGGGAGGAAAUGCUCUUCGAAGUCUGAACUGAUUCGACACAUGAAAUCCUGCAGCGGAUCUUUGAGUUGUUCGGUUUGUGGAAAAUGUUUUGAAAAGAAACGUGAUCUAAAAAUCCACAUGAGACUUCACUCAGGAGAUGCACCUUACAACUGCUCCUACUGUGGUGAGAGGUUUACCCAGCGUGAAACUAAGAAAGAACACAUGAAGCUUCACGCUGGAGAAAAACCUUUCCAGUGCUCUCAGUGUGGUAAAUGCUUCAUGCAUCACUAUUUCCUGAUGCAACACAUGAGAGUUCACACGGGUGAAAAACCUUUCAGUUGCUUGCAGUGUGGUAAAUGCUUUUCACAGAAGGGGAAUCUGAAUACUCACCUGAGACGUCACUCGGGUGUAAAACCCUUCAGCUGCUCUCAGUGUGGUAAAAGUUUUGUUGAGAAAUAUGACCUAAUAGGACAUAUGAUAGUUCACACUGGUGAAAAGCCUUUCACCUGCUCUCAGUGUGGCAGGUCAUUUGCUCGAAAGUGUCACUUGGAGGGACACGAGAGAAUUCAUUCUGUGGAGAAACCCUUUGUUUGCUCACUGUGUGGUAAAUGUUUUAAACUGAAAUCUUACCUGAUGUGUCACAUGAGAGUUCACACUCCCCAAGCUCGCCUUAUCAAAAAAAAGACGAGAGAUCUAGACAAAGUAAAUGAAGACAUCUCUCUCACUCCCAUCAAGAUGACAAGUGAAGAUGAUGAGGCAACUCAUUGCUUGACUGAACAGGUUAAAACUGAAGUGGAUGGUGACUUUUGUGGACGACCAGAACCAGUCAGCACCACUGCCGAACUGCUUGACCCUCACCUCGAGAGGUCGCUUUCUUCCAAGUCUGAUGCUGAGUACAGUGAGGCCUGGAACGAGAACAGUUGCUCUCAGUCAGCUUCAAACUCUGUUAAAAAUCAGAAUGUUUUUGACAGUGAGGAGGAGGAUGGCCGUCACAAAUCAAUGGUCUGUUCUAGAUGUGGGAAGAAAUGUUUGUCUAAGUCUGAACUGAACCGACACAACAAAUCCUGCACUGGACCUAUCAUUUGUUCAGUUUGUGGAAAAUGUUUUGAAAAGACAUGUCAUCUGAGCAAUCACAUGAGACUUCACACAGGAGAAACACCUUACAAACGCUCUCAGUUUCGUCAGAGUUUUGCAGAGGGUGAAAUGUUAAGAGUGAACAAGAAAAUACCUUUCAUAUGUUCUCAGUGUGGAAGAUCUUUUGCUCAGAAAUGUGACCUGCAGGGACACAUGAGACUUCACACAGGAGAAAAACCUUUCAAAUGCUCUCAAUGUGGUAAGUGCUUCAAGCACCGUACUACACUUACAACUCACAUGAGAAUUCAUACUGGCGAAAAACCUUACCAGUGUCCCCAGUGUGGCAAGUCUUUUGCACAGCGUGGGAAUUUUAAGUCACACUUGAACGUUCACAUGGGUGAAAAACCGUUCAGCUGCUCUCAGUGUGGCAAAUGUUUUCAUCAGAGUUCUGCCCUGAAAGACCACAUCAGAGUUCACACUGGUGAAAAACCGUUCAGCUGCUCUCAGUGUGACAAACGGUUUCGUCAGAGUUCUGCCCUGAAAGACCACAUCAGAAUUCACACUGGUGAAAAACCUUUCAGCUGUCCUCAGUGUGAUAAACAGUUUCGAAUGAAAAGUAGCCUGAGCGUCCACCUGAUGCAUCAUUCUGGUGAAAAACCGUUCAUCUGCCCUCAGUGUGGCCGUUCUUUUGUCCGGAAAUGUCACCUAGACGGGCACAUGCUUCGAGUGCAUACUGGAGAAAAACCUUUUGUUUGCUCUCAUUGUAGUAAAUGUUUCAAACUGAAACAGUACCUGAAGAAACACAUGAGAGUUCACUCUGGUGACCAGCCUUGCCCUGAGUGACCACGUGUGUAUUUGACAGUAGUCAUAUGGAGAGUACUGAUUACUUGUUUUGUCCAAUUAUGGAAGAGAACUUUUGACAUUGAGGCGUCAUUCGUCCUCUGGUCAGUGUUUGUACAUAUGAGAUGAGUCUCCUCACUGUUGAUAAUAAUGACAGACACAGUUGUGCAGAUGUGUGUAUCAUUCAUCACAUGGUAUAUUGAGCAGUUUUCUCUCUGUCUGUCUGAAAAUGUUUUUCAUUGAGUUUAGCUACGCAAAGAUAAUUGUUGGGGGUAAAGUCUUGAUAUUUUGUAUGAAUUAUUUAUUUAAAUGAAGGAAAAAUCGCCACAAUGGAAAUCUGUGUUUUGGAACAUUU